AUGCCUCUGUCAUCUAUUGAACUUUUGGGAGUUACUGAUUCCACUGAAGAUGCUAGAUAUGCAAUUGCUCUUCGAAAAACAGCUGGAAUGUUCGCUGAAGCUGUCAAAAUUUUCGAUGAAACGGACGAUCCUCUCAAACACGACUGGAAGUUAAAAACUGAAACUAAAGGAAACAAAUGUUAUAACAAACACUUCCCUGUCGGAAAAGUUUAUUGUCUGACGAAAGAAUUUCCUCUGCCCGCUCAAACUCUUUUUGAACAUCACUGGAAUGAGAUUGAGAAAACACCAGAAUGGAAUCCAAAUGUCCAACAUUCGAAGAGAGAACAUGUGAUUUCAGAGAACGCCGACAUUAUUCAUUAUGCAACAUCGGACGUCGUCGUCGUAAAAGGUCGUGACUUCGUCGUCUGUCGAAUGUGGAGAAAAUUCGAAGAAUCUUGGAUAGUUGCUGCCAGUUCAUUCGAUACCGAUAUUCCUGUUUUACCUAAAAAGAAACGAGGAUUUGUUAACGUUUGUUCUGGUAGAUUCCGUCCUCAUCCGCAAGACGCAAACAAGACAAUCCUGACAUAUUUGGUUUGUGUGGAUUUAAAGGAUAAGCUUAUGCCAAAAGCUGUGAUAAGCUCAGGAAUAGCAGAAAUGACGAUAAAGGAUGCGUCGUACGCUCUCAAAUUCAUCGAGGAAGAGAAGAAGAAGGAGGAGAAUAAUCAGUCAUAA